CCUUCCGGAUGGAAACAAAAAACCAGGGGCGGAGUUUAUCUUUGGCCGAGGAUUGAAUUGGGGGAACUGAGGGGCCAUUUGUGGCUGUGGGAGAUGCGGCUUUGUCUUUUCAGUCGCAGAGAAGAUUUGAGGGGAGAACCUUAACGCUCCAGGAGCUGGAAGAGACCGACCCCUUCGUCCUCUUUCUGAGUCCUUCCUGAGGUGACUGAGGGAGAUUCAGCACAUCUCUGGUGACCCUUUCGGAUGAGCAGAACUGACACCUAUGUGUACAUCCCCUUCAGUCUGCCUUGGAUAGAACUGGAAGCCUGCCUCCCUCUCUCCCGCCAUCCUGUGGUGUUUUCCUGAGUGGAGGAGCUGCAGAAAAGGGUGGGAAAGGGUCUCCUCACCUCCUCUACAACGACGACAGCUCUGGACUUCGUGUGUGAGAUGUCCCCUACCAUUUCCUGUAAGGACAGCAGCCGGCAACGCCGGCCUGGCAGCUACCAAAGCUCCCUGGAUGUGAUGAAAAGCGAUGGCCCUCCUCCCCCCCUGGAUUUCUAUGAAGAUGGUCGCACAGAGUCAGUGGCCGGGGGUGACAGGCAGCCGCUGCUGCUGGAAGAGCCUAACGUCAGGCCCACCGGGUCCCCUCAAGGUUACCGGGCAGAAUUGGGCAGCAUUCUACUCCUCCUGUUCCUCUACAUCUUGCAGGGCAUCCCUUUGGGGCUGGCUGGGAGCAUCCCCCUUAUUCUGCAGAGCAAGAAUGUCAGCUACAAGGACCAGGCCUUCUUCAGCUUUGUCUUCUGGCCCUUCAGCUUAAAGCUCCUUUGGGCCCCCUUGGUGGACGCGGUCUACUUCAGGCGCUUUGGGCGUCGCAAGUCUUGGCUUGUGCCCACUCAGUACGUCUUAGGGUUUUUCAUGAUGUACCUGUCCAAGCAGGUGGGCUCUCUCCUUGGGGAAGAAGGCGAGGGCAAAAGCCCCGACGUGGUGGCCCUCACGGUGACCUUCUUCUUGUUUGAGUUUCUAGCAGCCACACAGGAUAUAGCAGUAGAUGGCUGGGCCUUGACUAUGCUGUCCCGGGAGAAUGUGGGCUACGCAUCCACUUGUAACUCAGUGGGCCAGACAGCUGGCUACUUCCUGGGAAAUGUCUUGUUUUUAGCCCUUGAAUCGGCUUCUUUUUGCAACAAGUAUUUGCGCUUUCAACCGCAACCCAGAGGAAUUGUUACACUUUCAGAUUUCCUAUUUUUCUGGGGUGCUGUUUUCUUAAUAACUACCACCUUGGUUGCACUCUUGAAAAAAGAAGAAAAGAAAAUUACUCCAUCAAAAGAAGAAACAAAAGGCAUCAUGGAUACAUACAAGCUGCUUUUCUCAAUAGUUAGAAUGCCAGCAGUCCUAACAUUCUGUGCCAUGAUUUUAACAGCAAAAAUUGGAUUCUCAGCUGCAGAUGCAGUAACAGGACUCAAACUGGUAGAAGAAGGAGUACCGAAAGAGCACUUAGCUCUACUUGCUGUUCCAAUGGUUCCACUGCAAAUCAUAUUGCCUCUGAUAAUCAGCAAAUAUACAGCAGGUCCACAGCCCCUGAAUACAUUUUACAAAGCUAUGCCAUUUAGAUUACUGUUUGGAUUGGAAUUUGCUUUCUUGGUGUGGUGGACUCCUAAAGUUAAAUAUGAGGGAGGCUUUCCCAUCUAUUACUACAUUGUGCUGUUGCUGAGUUAUGCCUUACACCAGGUUACAGUGUACAGCAUGUAUGUUGCAAUAAUGGCUUUCAACGCCAAAAUUAGUGACCCACUUAUUGGAGGGACAUACAUGACACUACUUAACACAGUAUCAAAUCUGGGAGGAAACUGGCCUGCCACAGUAGCUCUUUGGCUUGUGGAUCCACUUACAGUGAAGGAGUGUGUUGGAGUUGAAGGACACAGUUGUGGAACUACAGCUGCUACAGAACUUUGUAUCAAAGAAGGUGGAUCUUGCAUUAUUACCCUGGACGGUUAUUAUGUUGAGUCUCUGAUAUGCAUAGCUUUGGGAUUUGCUUGGUGGCUGUUUCUUGGGCCUAGAUUCAAAAAGCUGCAGGAUGAAAGGGCAUCUUCAUGGAAAUGCAGGAGAAGUUAAUGGAAACAGAAGAUCAGCAAAAAACUAGUAAAAAUGGUUAUGGCCUUAUUCCCUGAAGAGUGUACUGUACUUGAGAACAAAAUAAUAUAUAUUGGAAAAUGGUUAGUUUACUCAUGCCAAAUGACUUCACACAAAAGUAAAGCCAGGAAAAUAGUAUAUGGAUCAAAUGAUAUUUUGUAUCUUCACAAUCCAGAAUUCCUCUUAAGGUUAAAAAAAGUAAUCAAAAACUCCAUAUCUUUUCUUUUAACUUGCAUUGGCUGCUUUCUGUCUUUUGAUUGGUUUAUUUAGCAUUACCUCUGAACAGAAAUUUCUGGAUAGGGUACUUCAACAUUUUGAUUGUAUGUAUAUAAACACUGAAUGUAUAUGGUAAAAAGCUAUAAAGAGGAAAAAUGUUUUAUUAUUAUUAUUUAGGCCACAAUUAUACUUUGUAGGAGGAAACAACUAGCAAAACAAAAUUCUCUUACAUGUAUUUUCCUGACUGCUAUAAGCUUUAAAGAUUUAUAAGAGGAAUAUUUUUAUAAUAGGUUUUUAAAAACAAAACAAAGCAUGCACACCUUACUUCAAAGGCACUUUGAUUUGCAAACAGAAACAGUUUCUUCACUACAGCAUUAGUAUGGAUAUGUGUGUGAAUAAGCUCAUGGGACACUCAUCCAUUGUCAUGAGCAGUGGAGGGGCAGGGAGGCAUACUAACUAAUACUGAAGAGGGAGGGACCAAGUGUAGUAUCAGUGAGUGUAGUUUGAGUGUAAAAAAGCUCCAUUGUCAUGCUGUCAUGACCCAUAUAUUUGCAGAGCUUGUGAUUGGAGAGACACAAAGAAGUGACUGCAUCUCAAAUACAUGGUUUCUCAAGAAAUGAACAUACUUUGCUUGUGUGAGGAACCCAAAGAGGAGUAGGUUAAAGAGACUGCCUUUUGAAAAGGGGUUGUGAAUGAGUACAGUACAUGCUGUUGAGUACUCUCAUCGUUAGGAACAGGCAUGGCAUUUUGAUAUAUGUCAUUCAUCAGUUUCCACAGAUGCUACGACUCUUUUGUAGCAGGUAAAGCAUUCAGUACAAUUAUCCUUAUUAAGAGGAAAUCUUUGCUUUAGUGCCUUAGUGAAGUACAGUAAAUGGGCACUAUAUGGUUUGUUGGAUGUAUUUUGUACAUCUUUCAUAUUAAAAUACCUUCAAAAGGUAUGACAGCCUGUUAUACUCCUGAUGAAAUGCUGAAAUAUUAAUAUCAAUGGUAUUUUGUCUCAGUUUUAUUGGUUAUUUCAAGAUGGAUAUUAUUUUUUGAUUCUAAGUGAAUCUGUAGGAUUUAUAUUGUUCAAGUUCUUUUUUCUUAUAAAACUCUUUUCAGAGUGUAAAUAAACAUUAAAUCUAAGAAAAGGAAGCUAACACACAUCUUAAGCACAAUUACUUGGGAGUUAGUUCCACUAAAGAGAGUGGGUCUUGCUUUCAAGAAACAGGAUAGGAUUGUAGUAUCAGAAGGAGCUUUAAUGCUAUCAGCAGAUUAGAGUGGGGAGGUGCACAAACCUCUUCAGACGUCUCUUGGUCUAUAUUAAUCACAGUAUCAAGAACAAAAGGGUCCACAGUUAAAUAAUGUAUAACCAGUGGGAGUUGGUGACUUCAGUUGCAAUGGGGCAGUGAAUCUAUUUUGAAUGUCACUGAAGGGUAAAGGAUCUGUCCAAGAUCCAUGGCUGAACUCCAGACCAGGUUCAUCACUUUGGAUAUUUCCAUUAAAGUUCAAACUGGAAUGAGUUCAUCACCACACUGACAUGGAAGGGGUGUGUAACCAAAGUCAUCUAUAACUUAGACACUGAUGGCUAGGUUUACCUCAGACUGUUGCUAGUAAUUGUUUUAUGGAUUUGCAUGAUAGACUACAACCUUGAAACUAUUUUUAAGUAAGAUAAUAUUACUCCCUAUGGCUGCCCUGUAUAUAAUUAUAAUUAUUUAGAGCAGUCCUGGAUUUCCCCUAUAACCUUCAAACUGUUCACAUGAAAAUAGUUUCAAGGUUGCAGCCUAUCACUGAAAUCCAUAAACCAAUUAAUACUCUGCUGUACUCUGAUUUAAUCUACAGUCCUGACAUAUAUUAAAUACAAGUAACAGUGUUUAAUUUGCUAGUGACUUAAGGUUUUUAAGUGUGGAUAUUUAUUUGGUUGCAUUCUGCAGAUAAGCAGUAUGUUUUGAAAUUAUAGGAUGUUGAAUGCCUAGUAUCAAACUGGGUUAGGUAUUUUAGUCUGCUGGAAACCCUCACAGAUUUUGAGACUUUUAUGUUCUCUCCCCUUGGCAUGUUGCUGUAAUAUAUAGUGAUGACAUAUUAAAUGUAUUUUUAAAUAUACAGACCUGUUUACUUGAAUGAAAAAUGCAUAGUGCUUUCACUAUAUACUCCUCAUUUUAAUUCAUUGUUUACAGUAAUCUGAGUUUGUUUGCCUUACAUUAGAUCUAUCCUUGUCAACUACAUGAGCUCAAAUGAAAUAAUGUUAGCUUCAGUACUAAAUGCAUAGAGUCGCUUAUUGGUGGAUAUUUGGUUGCUUUGAACAUGUAUUUAUUAUAAUUCCAUUCUUUGUUUUGUUUUGUCAUAAAUGAAAGACCUAUUUAAAAAUUUCAUUCAUUAUCUUUAGGCAGCAUUUGGGAAGGGAAUAUUUCUAGGAAAGGGUGCUGGGUUCCUGAAUAUGCACAAUAAAUUUCCAUUUCCGUAUUACUGUUUAUAUAAUGUGCCAAGCUAAAUAAAGAUUCUGCAUUUAAACAAAUAUCUAAUGCUGUAAAUUUUGUAAAUGGAUAAUUAAAGCAAAUAAUUCAAAGCAAACUAAAGCCAAACUAAAAAGAAAGGAGACUUGGAAAUCUAUUUUAAUCAUAAUGGAUGAGAUCCAAAGUAUCAUUCAAAACAUGCAAUUGCUUUGAAGAGGUCUUUUGGUUAACAUUUUCCCACCAAUAUCCCCCUCCUCACCAUCCCUGCUGCAUUUCAAAGUCACAUUUAACAUGCUGUGGAUUUUCAAAAUAGCCUGUGACACAUGGCAUGAUAUUCUGCUCUUUAAAUAUGGGGAGGAGAGUCCAAGAAUUCCACGAAGCAUGCUCACACCCUUGAUCUUCAAAGUUUCAUAUAUGCUGAUUUUUAUGCCUGCGGAAGAGUUUUAAAUUUACCAUUGGGAAAUUAAUUCAGUGAGCUUUCCUGUAUGUUUACAUUCGUAAAGUUUUAAAGGAGAAUCCGCAGGGUAACCCAGCAUUACCUUUUCCGUUCAUAGAUUAGUGUUGCAUUCUUGAAUACUGGUUGCUAAUUUAAUUUGCAGAAACAUUUCUGUGGAUUAAAAACACUGUGGGGAAGAUCCCUACUUUUGGGAUAUGAGAGUAUAUAGGACUGCUAUGGGCUAAGUAGUUUGUAGAGUGAAGGAUCUGCCUUUUUACUGUUAAUAUAUUAACUACUAUAUAAAUAUAUUAACUAAACUCAUGAAACUAGUUAUUAAGACUACCUGCAAUAUGAGAAAAGGGAAAUGAUACAGUUACAGCACAGAUCGCCAGCUAUGUAAAUUAGGCAGGAAACGUUCUAAUUUAGAGUCUGAUAAACUCACUGAGGUUUGAUAAAACAGAGUGUUCAGUUAGUUGGAAUAAAUGAUAAUAUGCAAUUCCCUUGGCAUGCAAUUGCUUCCUGUUUGGAGACUAAUAGAUCACUUUCAGGCAAUCAAGUACAAUUAUCUCAUGAAAAGUGGAACAGGUGGUCUCAAUUGUUCACAAAAUAAUUUUUCUGAACCAUCUUUCGUUGAGAAUCUCUUAAGGAGGAAAGAGGCAUGCUGAAGUCUGAUAAGAGUAUUAUUUAACUACCAUUUCAGCUUGUUAGCCUAUGUAUAUUAUCCAGUUGUCAGUGAUGCUGUUUUUUAUCAUCCUCCUUCAUUUUACAGAGAUAAGCUAUUAAAGUGGGGUUUUCCAUUAGCUAUAAAUAUAAUGGUUUUAUAAUCAUUCUUUAUUUUUGUUGUAUGAAACCUACUUGGAUCUGCAAAGUUUGACCAGACAUGGGUGUAAGGGCAUGGUGCAAUAUACUUGCUUUUUGAAGAAACCUAGAAUUAGUUACUCAAGGCAAUCAAAUCAAAUAAAUUCAUUUUAUCCCAUUUUCAAGGGAUUAUGAUAUUAUUCAGAUGAGAACAGUUGGGUAAGGAGGCCGAGUUUUGUGAUAAAUAUUUGGUUACAGUGCAGAAGAUGAACUAUAUGUAUAUUCUGCCAUAUUUGUAACUCAUUUUGUAAGCGUUCACUCCACACCUUGGAUGAGGCAUUAUUAUUUUUAAAGGAUUACUUUUUAAAUGGCUAUUAAUCAUUUUGAAGGACAGGAUGAAACUGCUGGACCACAGAAAAGCUUCUGACUCCUAUAAUGAAACAUAACCCAUCUGAGGCCCACUUCCAGUGGUUACUCAGAACAGAUCAUUUGAAUCGGUGAUAACUUCUUAGUCUAAACAUAAUUUCUAGUAAAUCUAUGGGUCUACUCUAGUAGAAGAAUAUUUGGAUUCAGGCCUCUUGUUUUUGUUUUUCCAAAAAUGUUUGCUGGCUCCCCCUUUUUCAUUUCAGCUUUUCGAAUGUUUUGCUCCUGUUAGUUGAUAAAUAUGAGACCACGAUAUGAUUACUUCAUUGCUGAAAAGUGUUGAAUUUAUGGAAACCCCUCACCAGAAUGUUUUGGAUCUUCUCUGUUUCAUUUCAAUAAAAUAAAGUUCAAAAUGCAA